AUGAAACAUAAUAAUUUAGGUAAAUUUUCAAAUUCUAGUGAAUCAAUUACUAGUAAAAAGAUUGAUACAGUUCCAAUUUUAGAAGAAUCUACUUCAACAAAAGAGAAUAUGACUUCAUUAUUUACUUCAUGUCAAUGGCAAGAUAAUAAUAUUUCUAAUUCAUCAUCAUUAUCAAGUAAUAUUUCAAAUAUAAAUAAUAAAGCAAAUUCUUCACCAACAAAAUCUGCUGCAACAACUAAAGAUCCAAAAACAGGUAGUAGUACUUAUGUUAGAGGCAGACCAUCAGCUUGUGUUUUUGUUGCUAGUUUAAGAUCAAAUAUGUCUGAUGAUGAUUUAUGCGUUUCAGUUACAAAUCAUUUUGAAAAAUGGGGUCAAUUAUCAACGGUUAAAGUUUUAAGAGAUACCAGCAAUAGACCAUACGCUUUCGUUCAAUAUGAAAAUGAACAGGAUUCAAAAAAUGCAAUAAAAUAUGGUCAUGAUUCAGAAUUAGAUGGUAGAUUUAUUAGAUGUGAAGCGGCUAAAGUUAAUAGAACUUUAUUUAUUAGAUCAAAAAAUAAUUUAUCAGAAAUUUUAAUAGAAACAAAAUUAUCAUCUUUUGGAGAAAUUGAAGAAUUAUUACCAAGCAAUUUUAGUGGUCAAAUUUAUAAUGAUGCUCCAACACUUCAAGGAUAUAAGAAUUGGUUUUGCAAAUUUGUUUAUAGAGAUGAUGCAAUUAAAGCAUAUGCUAAUUUAACUGAAGAAGGUGUUUAUCAAGUUGAUUGGGCACAAAAUGUUGAUAAAAGAAGAACUAUAAAAUAUAGAAGAGAAGAAGAUGAAAAUUCAAAAGCAGCAUUUGAUAAAUUUUCAAUUUUCAUUGGUCAAUUAAAUUCAAAUAUCACUGAAACUGAACUUAGAGAAAGAUUUGAAAGACAUGGUGGAAUAGAAAAUCUUCAUUUAAUUAAAAAGCCAGAUAACACUUUUGCAUUUAUUACAUUUAUUGAUGAAGCAAGUGCAGCAAGAUCCGUUGAAGUUGAAAAUCAUUCAAUGCUCUGUGGUAAAACUAUGCAUGUUCAAUAUCGUGAACUUCAAUCUUCAUAUCACAGUUCAAGAAAUUUCAAAGUUGCUUUAGCUCCACCUCCAAUUAAUUUAGGAAGAAGAAAUUCAUCAAAUGCAAAUUCCUACAAGUUUAAUCAUAAAACAAGUAAACCAAAAUUUAAUAAUUAUUCAUCAAAUAAUUACAAUAGAGGAGGAGGAAAAGGAGGAUCUGGGAAUAAUUACAAAUGGAAACAAAAUGAUCAAUCUAGUGGGUUUUAUGAUGAUAAAAAAUUGAGUACAACAAAUAAUUAUGACUGGCUGGCAUCUCAAUUAGAUUUAAAAAACGAUGAACAUCAAAAUUUGCAAUCAUCUACAUUAAAAUCAGAUUUGGAAUUGAAAAGAGUCUAUGGUGAUUCCAAUAAUGAAAAUAGAAAACCAACGAAUAAUGAUGUUGAAUAUGGUGCUUCAAAUAAGGAACAAAAUCCACCAAAUUUAAAUCCUCCAACAACUGCUGGUUUCCCAUUGUUCUAUUAUGUCCCUGCUGAAAACUUUAAUUAUCAAAAUGUUAAUUCGACUCAUCAAACUACUUCACAACCACCUUUUUUUAACGUCUAUUCUCAAUAUUAUCCACCACAAAUUUCUCAACAACAUCAAAAUCCUCCUCAAAAUAAUCAAGUAGAAAAUUCUACAGUUGGUGGAAAUAAUUCAAAUGCAAAUUUAAAUGUUAAUGAUUUUACUCCUUUUGGUGCUAUUCAUACAUCACCUUCUUUUGCUUAUCCAAAUUUUGCUUAUUAUACAAAUGAAAAUGAUGAAUCUGAAAAUGAUAAUCAAUAG